AUUUCGAAUUGAAUAGAAUCCAAAUUUGUUCAUUAAAUAACAAAAAUGUGGAUAUGAAGGACUUGUUUGGAUAUGAUCAACAGCUAGGACAAGCUGCGAGUCUUAUUUCCAAUUAGGCUGUAGGCAAAGCACUUCCCUCAAGCUGCCGUAUUAUUUUAAUCAGAAACUAGAAAGUUAUAAAACGACACCGUAAGAGAGCUAAAACGAAGUAGAGAGAGAGAGGAGAGAGAAAUCCAGAAAUGUUCAGAAACUUGGCCGUAAGAAUUUCAUCGUCGGCUUCGAGCCGAUCGAUCUCCCGGCGGCUGCGGCACCCGAAUUGCCCCGCCGACCCGACCCGAAGCUUAUGUUCCAGUAUCCUGCCCGACACACUCGACCGGAGCUCCGAGUCUUUCGCUCGCAACUCCGCAGCAAUGGAAGGCAUAAUUUCUCAACUUCACUCGCGCAUUGAAAAGGUGAUGAAUGGCGGAGGGUCCGAAGCUGUAAAGAGGAACAAAAGCAGGAAUAAGCUUCUUCCUAGAGAGAGAAUCAAUCGCUUGAUCGAUCCCGGUUCUUCAUUCCUCGAGCUUUCCCAGCUUGCUGGCCACGAAUUAUACGAUACUCCAUUACCCUCCGGCGGAGUAGUUACCGGCAUAGGUCCCGUUCACGGAAACCUAUGUAUGUUCGUCGCAAACGACCCGACCGUGAAGGGCGGAACGUACUAUCCAAUCACGGUUAAGAAGCAUCUUAGGGCACAAGAGAUUGCCGCUCAAUGUAGACUGCCGUGUAUGUAUCUUGUAGAUAGUGGAGGCGCUUUUCUUCCGAAGCAGGCCGAGGUGUUUCCCGAUAAGGAAAACUUCGGUAGGAUUUUCUAUAAUCAAGCUGUGAUGUCGGCAGAAGGUAUUCCGCAGAUAGCGUUGGUACUAGGCUCCUGCACAGCUGGCGGUGCUUAUAUUCCUGCUAUGGCUGACGAAAGCGUGAUGGUGAAAGGGAACGGUACCAUUUUUCUCGCUGGACCUCCUCUUGUGAAGGCUGCUACUGGAGAGGAAGUCUCUGCAGAAGACCUUGGUGGUGCAUCUGUUCACUGUAAAACAUCGGGUGUUUCAGACUAUUUUGCACAAGACGAACUACAUGCACUUGCUAUAGGAAGAAACAUAGUGAAAAAUCUGCACAUGGCUGGAAAUGCGGGUGAACAACGUCAUGUAAUGCCCGAUUUCAAGGAGCCUUUGUAUGAUGCGGCUGAACUUUGUGCUAUUGCACCAACGGAUCUCAAGCAGUCAUUUGACAUCCGGUCGAUUAUUUCACGUAUUGUUGAUGGUAGCGAAUUUGAUGAAUUCAAGAAACUGUAUGGCUCUACGCUUGUAACAGGAUUUGCGAGAAUAUUUGGGCAACCCGUUGGAAUUAUUGGGAAUAACGGUGUACUGUUCAACGAAUCUGCGUUGAAAGGGGCUCAUUUUAUUGAAUUAUGUACUCAACGUAACAUCCCGUUGAUCUUUCUUCAGAAUAUCACUGGAUUUAUGGUUGGCUCAAAAUCUGAGGCCAACGGUAUAGCAAAAUCCGGAGCUAAAAUGGUAAUGGCAGUUUCUUGUGCGAAGGUUCCCAAAAUCACGAUUGUUGUCGGUGGAAGCUUCGGAGCUGGAAACUAUGCAAUGUGUGGACGUGCAUACAACCCUAAUUUCAUGUUCUUCUGGCCGAAUGCGAGAAUAUCUGUAAUGGGCGGAGCUCAGGCUGCUGGCGUGCUGGCUCAAAUAGAACGAGGCAAUAAGAAAAAGGCUGGAAUCGAGUUGAGUAAAGAAGAGGAGGAGAAAUUUAAGGCAGGGGUGGUGGAGGCUUACGAUAAAGAAGGCAGUGCUUAUUACUCCACGGCGAGGCUUUGGGAUGAUGGCGUUAUUGAUCCAGCAGAUACGAGAAAGAUUUUAGGCCUCUGCCUUGCAGCUUCUACAAAGAACAAACCCGAGAGUACCAAAUACGGUGUCUUCAGAAUGUGAUGUUGAUUAACGACCGUCUCCAUUGCAAUAUUCAAUGAUUUGAAAGAUGCCAUGUAGAAUGGUCGAAAGUAUUAGUUUGUUAUGUUGGGAUUCAGACGCGUUUGUACAAGAUAGAAAUCGAAGAAAUUAAUAAUCUGAUGAAGCAAAGAUAACAUAGUUUGAUCUUGUAGGCAGGAGCGGAAAUUGUGUAACUUGUGAUCGGUGAAUGUAUAUUUCGACACUACAUGCAGUUUGAGAAAAAAUAUGGUGUGAAAAAAGCAUCUCAAUCUUAUGAUUAA